AUGUAUAUCACAUUUUUCUCAGGUCAACUGUAUCAGUACGGAAUUCACUCCGAAGAAGCACGGAGGGGAGAAGGGGGUACCUUUCCGCAUCCAAGUGGAGACGUACCAACAUCCUGAUUUGGGAGUUAACGGGAACAAAAGACUGCACGCUGCUGCCUGCCAGAUCAAAGUAUUCAAGCUGAAAGGAGCAGACAGAAAGCACAAGCAGGACAGGGAGAAGAUCAUGAAGAGGCCGAUGUCGGAGCAGGAGAAGUACCAGCCUAGUUAUGAUUGUACCGUGCUGAAUGAUUUGCCAAGCGAUGCUGUUUUGUCAACACCCCCGAUGACGCCUGAUGAUGUAGAAAGCAACAGUGACAGGUAA